AAAAAAAUCGCACUUGUCAGGUUGACUUGACAUUGACAGCAUGACGGCGUAAUAUUUUGACAUUUGCAUUAACAAUCGAACAGCCAACAAGGUGAUUAGUUAAAUUUCUAAUAAACGAAAUGGAAGAAAUAGGUAUUGUGCUUCCUGAAAAGGAUGACCAAGUCACCGACACCAAGGGACUCUCAUUUGCAGGCCCGCAAUCGUUCGAAGAAUUGGAAUCGGAAGAUUUGUACACAAAAUACAAAAAGCUGCAGCGAAUGUUAGAGUUCCUGGAGGUCCAAGAAGAAUACAUUAAAGAUGAACAAAGAAAUCUUAAAAAGGAAUACCUCCAUGCCCAAGAAGAAGUGAAAAGGAUUCAAUCGGUGCCACUAGUCAUUGGACAAUUCCUUGAAGCUGUUGAUCAGAAUACUGGAAUUGUUGGCAGUACUACAGGCUCAAACUACUAUGUGAGAAUCCUGUCCACAAUAGACAGGGAGUUGCUAAAACCAUCUGCGUCUGUCGCUCUUCACAAGCACUCAAAUGCGCUGGUAGAUGUCUUGCCGCCGGAGGCUGACAGCUCCAUCUCUAUGUUACAAGCUGAUGAGAAGCCUGAUGUCCAGUACUCAGAUAUUGGAGGCAUGGACACACAAAAGCAAGAGAUAAGAGAGGCUGUAGAGCUGCCUCUCACACAUGUGGACUUGUACAGACAAAUUGGUAUCGAGCCUCCUAGAGGUGUACUCAUGUAUGGCCCACCCGGAUGUGGCAAGACCAUGUUAGCGAAAGCAGUUGCUCAUCAUACCACUGCUGCAUUUAUCCGCGUGGUGGGUUCGGAGUUCGUGCAGAAGUACCUGGGCGAGGGACCACGCAUGGUGCGCGACGUGUUCCGCCUCGCCAAGGAGAACAGCCCCGCUAUCAUCUUCAUAGAUGAAAUUGACGCCAUCGCCACUAAAAGAUUUGAUGCACAAACUGGUGCAGACAGAGAAGUACAGAGAAUUUUGCUCGAGUUGCUCAAUCAAAUGGAUGGAUUUGAUCAAACCACUAAUGUGAAGGUUAUUAUGGCCACCAACCGUGCAGACACCUUGGACCCCGCGUUACUCAGACCCGGCCGUCUCGACAGGAAAAUCGAAUUUCCUCUGCCUGACAGGCGUCAAAAGCGUCUGAUCUUCUCGACGAUAACGGCGAAGAUGAACCUGUCGGAGGAGGUGGACCUGGAGGAGUUCGUGGCGCGGCCGGAGCGCGUGUCCGGCGCCGACAUCAACGCCAUCUGCCAGGAGGCCGGCAUGCACGCCGUCAGGGAGAACCGGUACAUCGUGCUGCCGAAAGAUUUCGAAAAGGGCUACAAGAACAACAUCAAGAAAGAUGAAAGUGAAUAUGAAUUCUAUAAAUAAGUAUUUUAUUAUUAAACUUGUCAAUGUAUUCUCAUAUUUGAAAUAAAAUUUAAAUUCUAAUCUGUGAAA